GUCUUAUGGUUGAUAGUAACUUACUAUUACAAAAAGAUAUCAAGCAUCAAAGGAUAAGUUUGUAAAUAAAAAUAAAUUUAUAUUUUUAUUGAAAUUUAACUUUCGUUAAAAAAUUAGGAUAUGGGUGAACGAUAUAAUAUUCAUAGUCAGUUAGAACAUUUGCAAUCGAAGUAUAUUGGCACAGGCCAUGCAGACACAACUAAAUUUGAAUGGCUUGUAAAUCAACAUCGUGAUUCUUGCAGUUCUUAUAUGGGUCAUUAUGAUCUGCUAAAUUUUUUCGCUAUCGCAGAAAAUGAAGCAAAAGCUCGUGUCCGGUUUAAUCUCAUGGAAAAAAUGUUACAACCUUGCGGUCCACCACCAGAAAAACCAGAAGAUUAAAUAUUUCAAUGAACAACGUGUUUAUUCGAAAAUAAAUUAUUUAGUAAAAUUAGUAUAAUAUUAUAAAAUUUAUAAGAAUA